AUGCCCGGGUCGCUGAGCAAUGAAGACGAGGCGCAGGACGACAUGGAUUUUGACGACGAGAUGCCAGAUGAGGAGGACGUGCGCACGGCGCUGCCCCUGGCGUCCAUCGGCAGCUUCUUCUCAGACGAUGACGACUCCCUCAAGCAGCAGAAAAAGAAGAAGAGCAAGAAAAUGAAGGAGGAAAAGGUAGCCAAAGUCAAGAAGCGGAAAAAGGAGGGAGGCAUCCAUGUGAGCGUGGAUAGCGAUCAGGACCGAGUGUCCGAGGCGGACGAAGAGGUGGAGCAUCCCGAGCGGGGCUCCGGGAGCGAGAGCAGCAUGUUCGGACCCACCAAGAAGAAGAAGAAAAAACCCAGGGAGAAGAAAGAGAGGAAGCCCAGGAAGAAGAAGCGGGACGAGGAGGAUGACGAUGAUGACGAGGAUGAUGGGAACAUGAAGGAGCCGAAAUCCUCCAGCCAGUUAAUGCACGAAUGGGGCUUGGAGGACGUCCAGUACGGCUUCACCGAGGACGACUACAAGACCAUCACCAACUAUAAAGCAUUCAGCCAGUUCCUCAGGCCUCUCAUUGCCAAGAAGAACCCUAAGAUCCCCAUGUCCAAGAUGAUGACUGUCCUGGGGGCAAAGUGGCGCGAGUUCAGCGCCAACAACCCAUUCAAGGGGGCAUCGGCCACCGCUGUGGCCGCCGCCGUAGCCGCCGCUGUGGAAACGGUGACCGUGGCGCCCCCAGCCUCUGUCACUCAAUUGAGCGGUCAGCUCGGGCCCGUCAAAAAAGCCAAAACCAAAGAGGGAAAAGGGCCCGGUGCUCGAAAGAGAAGCAAGAGCGCAAAAGACGGCAAGAAGAAAGUGAAACCGAAGAAGACCAAAUCCAAGUCGGGCCAAAGCGGGAAGAAAAAGAAAGCAUCCUCGAGCGACGAAGACUUCCUGGACGAGUCGGACUUCGACGACAUCAGCAUCCUCAGUGCCUCGGUGCUUUGUGACGCCUCGGGGGCUGCCGUCGCUGCCAAGAAAAAGGCUAGACGCGGCCGCAAAAAGAGAAAAAAGGAGGACGGCGACGGCUACGAGACGGACCACCAGGACUACUGCGAGGUGUGUCAGCAGGGCGGCGAGAUCAUCCUGUGCGACACCUGUCCGCGAGCGUACCACCUGGUGUGCCUAGAACCCGAGCUGGAGAAGGCCCCCGAGGGUAAAUGGAGCUGUCCACACUGUGAGAAGGAGGGCAUCCAGUGGGAAGCCAAAGACGAGGAAGACGAGGAGGAGGAGGAGGCGGCAGGCGAGGAAGAGGACGACCACAUGGAGUUUUGCCGAGUUUGCAAGGACGGCGGCGAGUUGCUGUGUUGCGACGCUUGCCCGUCUUCUUACCACAUCCACUGCCUCAACCCGCCACUGCCCGAGAUACCCAACGGGGAAUGGCUAUGUCCACGCUGUAUGUGCCCACCCCUAAAAGGCAAAGUGCAAAAAAUAAUGCACUGGACGUGGGGUGAGGCACCACUCCCAGCCGAGAUGCCACCAGGCGUGGACGGGCAGCCGCCCGUGGACCCCCUGAGCAAGCCGCCCCUUAAGGGCCACCCCGAGAGAGAGUUCUUGGUCAAGUGGGCCGGACUGUCCUACUGGCAUUGCUCCUGGGUCAGCGAGCUGCAGUUGGAACUGUACCACACGGUGAUGUACCGCAACUACCAGCGUAAGAACGACAUGGACGAGCCACCGCCGUACGACUACGGCUCGGGUGAGGAGGAGCUCAACAGUGACAAGCGCAAGAGCAAAGACCCACAGUACGCCGCCAUGGAGGAGCGCUUCUACAGAUACGGCAUCAAACCCGAGUGGAUGGUCAUCCAUCGCGUGCUUAACCACAGCUUUGACAAAGAUGGUGACGUGCACUAUCUGAUCAAGUGGAGGGACCUCCCAUACGACCAGUGCACAUGGGAGGUGGAUGAAUUCGACGUCCCUGAAUACAACAGCCAUAAAGCGGCCUACUGGGACCACAGGGAGCAAAUCUUAGGGGAGGACCAGCGCCCCGCGGUGGUGUCAAAAGGAACUCAGCGGAAAGACGAGCACUCAAAGCGAGAGACCCCACCAGACGCCCCCAUCAUCGAUCCGACCAUCAAGUUCGAACACCAGCCGUGGUACAUCAACGCCACGGGAGGCACGCUGCACCCGUACCAGCUGGAGGGUCUCAACUGGUUGCGCUUCUCGUGGGCGCAGGGCACCGACACCAUCUUGGCUGAUGAGAUGGGCCUGGGCAAGACGGUGCAGACCAUCGUCUUCCUCUACUCGCUCUACAAAGAGGGUCACUCCAAGGGUCCCUUUCUGGUGAGCGCACCCCUGUCGACCAUCAUUAACUGGGAACGUGAGUUUGAGAUGUGGGCCCCUGACUUCUACGUGGUGACCUACACGGGAGACAAGGACAGUCGCGCCAUCAUCCGGGAGAACGAGUUCACCUAUGAGGAUAGUGCCGUCAAGUUGGGACGCAAAGCCUUUCGCAUGAAGAAAGAUACGCCCAUCAAGUUCCAUGUUCUGCUGACAUCCUAUGAGCUGAUCACCAUCGAUCAAGCCAUUUUGGGAUCCAUCACAUGGGCUUGCCUAGUGGUGGACGAAGCCCACAGGCUGAAGAACAACCAGUCAAAGUUUUUCAGGAUUCUCAAUGGAUACAAAAUCUACUACAAGCUGUUGCUCACCGGAACGCCGCUUCAGAACAACCUUGAGGAGCUAUUCCAUCUACUCAACUUUCUCACACCAGAUCGAUUCAAUAACUUGGAAGGCUUUCUGGAGGAGUUUGCCGACAUAUCCAAGGAAGACCAGAUCAAGAAGCUCCACGACCUGCUGGGCCCGCACAUGCUCAGGAGGCUCAAGGCUGACGUCUUCAAGAACAUGCCCGCCAAGACGGAGCUCAUCGUACGAGUGGAACUCAGUCCCAUGCAGAAGAAAUACUACAAGUUCAUCUUGACGCGAAACUUUGAGGCUCUAAACUCCAAAGGAGGUGGCAACCAAGUGUCCCUACUCAACAUCAUGAUGGACUUGAAGAAGUGCUGCAACCACCCUUAUCUUUUCCCUGUUGCCGCUGUGGAGGCUCCUGUCUUGCCCAACGGCUCGUAUGACGGCAACCAGCUGGUGAAGUCGUCGGGAAAACUGACGCUGCUGCAGAAGAUGCUGAAGAAGCUCAAAGACGAAGGCCACAGGGUACUCAUUUUUUCACAGAUGACAAAGAUGUUGGAUCUCCUAGAGGACUUUCUAGAGUUUGAGGGUUAUAAAUACGAGCGCAUCGACGGCGGUAUCACCGGAGGUCUGAGGCAAGAGGCCAUUGACCGCUUCAAUGCACCAGGUGCUCAGCAGUUCUGCUUCCUACUUUCAACCCGGGCCGGUGGUCUGGGAAUCAAUCUAGCCAGCGCUGACACUGUCAUCAUCUACGACUCUGACUGGAAUCCUCACAAUGACAUCCAAGCUUUUAGCAGAGCGCACCGCAUCGGGCAGAACAGGAAGGUGAUGAUUUACCGCUUUGUGACGCGAGGAUCGGUGGAGGAGAGGAUUACUCAAGUGGCCAAGAGGAAGAUGAUGCUGACCCACUUGGUGGUGCGGCCCGGCCUGGGUUCCAAGACGGGUUCCAUGUCCAAGCAGGAGCUGGACGACAUCCUCAAGUUCGGGACGGAGGAGCUGUUCAAGGACGAGAUGGAGGCCGCUCGCAACAUGGGGGGCGACACCAAAGACGGCGAGGAAGGCAACGUGAUCCACUACGACGACGACGCCAUCUCCAAACUGCUUGACCGUAGCCAAGACGCUACCGAGGACACAGAGAUCCAGAACAUGAACGAGUACCUCAGCUCCUUCAAGGUGGCCCAGUAUGUGGUCAAAGAGGAGGAUGGAGAGGAGGAAGUGGAGCGAGAAAUCAUCAAGCAGGAGGAGAACGUAGACCCGGACUACUGGGAGAAGCUCCUGCGUCAUCACUACGAGCAGCAGCAGGAAGAUCUGGCGCGCAACCUGGGCAAGGGCAAGCGCAUCCGGAAACAAGUCAACUACAACGACACCACCCAAGAGGACCAAGAGUGGCAGGAUGAUGUUUCAGACAACCAGUCGGAGUACUCAGUGGGGUCCGAGGACGAGGACGAAGACUUCGAGGAGCGGCCGGAAGGUGGGCGUCGACACUCUCGCCGUCAUCUGAGGAACGACAAAGAUAAGCCCUUGCCCCCCCUGCUGGCCAGAGUCGGCGGUAGCAUCGAGGUGCUUGGCUUCAACGCCAGGCAGAGGAAAGCCUUCUUGAAUGCCAUCAUGCGGUGGGGCAUGCCUCCUCAGGAUGCCUUCACCUCCCACUGGAUAGUGCGAGACCUCAGGGGAAAGAGUGAGCGAGAGUUCAGAGCCUACGUGUCUCUGUUCAUGAGACAUCUGUGCGAACCGGGCGCCGACGGGGCCGAGACGUUCGCGGACGGCGUCCCACGUGAAGGCCUGUCGCGACAGCACGUGCUCACCAGAAUCGGGGUCAUGUCUUUGGUCAGAAAAAAGGUACAAGAGUUCGAGCAUGUAAAUGGAAAGCUGAGCUCGCCAGACUUGAUCCCCAUCGGUAUGGAGCUAAAGAAGCUGACCGAUAGCGUAUCGUCAGACCCCAACACCCCGCUGCAGGCCAGCCCGGUUGCCACACAGCCCGGGACACCAAACCCACCAGAGAGGACGGAGGGUCCAGCUGAGGACAAAGACACAGCUGAGCAAGACGGCAAGAAACAAUCAGAACAGGAAGUGAGUCAAAACCGACAGGCAGAACCGACGAUUCCCCGUGAAGACGAGGAGGAGGAGCCUCAUCGACAAGAGGAAAAGGAAGCAGCCGAUGGCAACGAGAGCAAGACGGCUUCCGAGGAGAAAACGGGAGGAGACGACAAGGGGGAAAAAACGGACGAGAGGGCGACCAAUCAGGACUCGCCGAAAAGCGAGAGUCAGCCCAAAGAGCCUGAGAAGACUUCAGAGGGACGAGAUGGAGAUGAGAAGGGGAGCAAAACAGGGAAAGGCGACGAUGAUGUUAAAAGCGAGGACACCCCUUCUGCUGCUGUCCCGGACGCUCGACUAAACGGCGACAAAGACCCACCUGAAGAUGUGGACGACACCAAAAAGGAGGAGAAGAUCGGAUUCAAAACCAAGUUCAUGUUCAACAUCGCUGAUGGCGGCUUCACAGAGUUACACACACUUUGGCAGACGGAAGAGCGAGCGGCGCUGUCGUCCGGCAAGAUGGCGGAGAUCUGGCAUCGUCGCCACGACUACUGGCUGCUGGCGGGGAUUGUCACACACGGCUACGCGCGCUGGCAGGACAUCCAAAACGACCCACGUUACGCCAUCCUCAACGAGCCCUUUAAGACGGAGAUACACAAAGGCAACUAUUUGGAGAUGAAGAAUAAGUUCCUCGCUAGACGGUUCAAGUUACUGGAACAGGCGCUGGUAAUCGAGGAGCAGCUCCGGCGCGCGGCCUACCUCAACAUGAGUCAGGAUCCCGGGCACCCCGCCAUGGCGCUCAACACCCGCUUCACUGAGGUGGAGUGCCUGGCCGAGUCCCACCAGCACCUCUCCAAAGAAUCACUCGGCGGCAACAAGCCCGCCAACGCCGUUCUGCAUAAAGUGCUGAACCAGUUGGAGGAGCUCCUCAGCGACAUGAAAGCCGACGUGACGCGGCUCCCCAACAUGCUGUCACGAAUCCCGCCCGUGUCGGCUCGCUUGCAAAUGUCCGAGCGCAGCAUUCUGAGCCGUCUCACCAGUCGGGGUGGCGAACCUCCGCCGCAGCAGACUUUCAGCCAAGGGGGAUUCACCUGCUCCCAGAUGUACGGAAGCACAUUUGGGGGUGCGUUCAGGGGACCCGGGGGGCAGCCCAUGGUCAAUUACAGUCAGAUGCCUCUGGGGCCGUACGUCAGUGUUUCAAACGGUCCGCCCAGCAGCCACCUAGACAAGAAGACGUUCGAGUCCCUGCGAGACGCGGCCACGCCCGACCUCAAGUCCGGAAAGGCGAGCGAUGUCAUCUGCAUCGAGGACUGA